GGCUGGCAGAUCCACUAUCAAACGCUCUUCCAACCGUGCUUAAUUACUUGUUCGCCCAUUCGUUUGUUGUAACAGCCAUUUGCGCCUCUCCAUAGUUGCUACCAUAAGUCGACCUAACAGCACCAAAGCUGUAAGACAUACCAAUACUCUCAACACAGCACCCGGACCUAUACACCACCGAUCAAGAUGAUCAUCUCCCGGGUACUAUCGAUUUUCCUUCGCUUUGCGGAAUUUGUCUGUGCAGCCGUCGUCCUGGGCCUCACUGCCUAUUUCCUUGACAAGCAUGAGCAUGGAUCUGGCGGUCCGUUCGGACGCUUGAUCUAUUCGAUCAUCAUUGCAUCCAUAUCGGUCCUGUUCUCUCUCUUCUGGCUGAUCCCCACCGUGAGCAGCAUGCUGCACUACCCCUUCGACUUCAUUAUGUCGGCUGCAUGGUUCGCAGUUUUCGGAAUUCUCGUCAACUACCUUGAUGGAUCUUGUGGUGGAACUUUCGAAUGGUCUGGAAUACGGUUUCGAAACAACUUUUGUGGUCAAUGGAAAGCAAUGCAGGCUUUUAGCUUCCUCUCCGCCAUCUUCUGGUUUGUGUCGUUCUUGCUGGGCGUGUGGGUUUACCAUAAAGUGCGCCGUGACCCUGUUGCAGUCGACGGCCGCCGUCGCAGCCGCUGGCACCGCUCCCGUGUCUGAUACCUGCAUGUCAUGACACGUUCUUGGACGCCAACAAGCACACCGAAAUAACGCUCGUCUACCCCCGUCUCACCCAGGACCUCGCCUGUAAUGUCCGUCCCUACGACACGAAAACUCUAUGAAACGAAAAACUACAGGGGUACUUACACUUCAAACACAAAAAUCUUUACGCUCUCGCCGAUAUCUGCUUCUCCAGUAAUGGGUAUGGUAGUAUGAGU